GUAGAAAUAUGACACCAGCUCCUCUUCUGCCAGCUCUCAGCCUGGGCUCCUUUCUCAAACGACUCCGUCUUUGCUGUGCACAUUUACAUCAAAUGCCAAGCGCUUGAACAAAACACAUGUGGCCUUUUUUACACGUGGAUUUUUCGUGCAGCAACAAGUUCUUCACAUUUCCCCCAAAAACAACAGACUGGCGAGUGUUUCAUCACUUAAAGAAAACUAAACCUGGAGUGUUUUAACUUGUUUUUUCACCCUGGACGUCGGCUUGUAUUCAGUACACAUUGGAAACAGCAUAACUUUAAAUUUAUUUGCAUCCCGUCUGGACUUCAGACUGAUGUGUGAGUAGAGAGUGCGUCAACAUCCGCUCAACUCUUCUUCUUUGUGUGCAUCCUUCCCUCGGGAUCUCAGAAAAGGCUCGUUUUUAAGGUUCGACAUUGGGGAUAAUGUAAAUAGCCGUUUCCGAACUGAGGAUUGAUGAUUUUGCAAUAAGAAAACAAUGACACGUUCGUUAGUAAAAAUGAGUCUUGGCGUAUUUUUCUUUGGACUUUUAUUGUUCACGCUUUCAUCUGCGAGAGCCGAAGAAGAUGUGGAGGAGGAGAGAUCAUGUCAGGGCGCUUUUGACUUGUAUUUUGUCCUUGACAAGUCAGGAAGUGUCAAACAUCACUGGCAAGAAAUCUACUCUUUUGUUGAACUUUUGGAACAGAAAUUCAUCAGCCCAAUGCUGCGAAUGUCCUUCAUCGUGUUCUCAACCAGAGGAAACACGAUCAUGAGACUCACAGAAAACAGGGAGACCAUAAGAAAAGGCCUUAAUGUGCUGCGGCGUGAGAUUCCUGGCGGAGAUACGUUUAUGCAUCUUGGUCUGGAAAAGGCAAAUGAGCAAAUAUACCAGGAGAACUAUGGAACUGCGAGUGUCAUAAUAGCAUUGACAGACGGUGAGCUUCAAGAACAUCAGCUGAUAGCGGCUCAACAAGAGGCGGCACGAGCUCGGACGCUGGGUGCAAUUGUGUAUUGUGUUGGAGUGAAGGACUUCAACGAAACACAGCUGGCUACUAUAGCAGACACCAGUAAACAUGUGUUUCCAGUGUUGGGAGGAUUCCAGGCUCUGAGAGGAAUGAUCGACUCGAUCAUUAAGAAAUCCUGCAUAGAGAUUUUGGCAGCGGAGCCAUCCAGCGUAUGUGCGGGAGAGUCGUUUCAGGUGGUGGUGAGAGGAAACGGCUUUCGACACGCCAGAAACAUCGACCAGGUCUUGUGCAGCUUCAAAAUCAACGACACAGUCACUCUGAAUGAGAAGCCGGCGAGUGUUGAAGACACGUUCCUGCUGUGUCCUGCGCCUGUUAUUGAUGAAGUUGGAAAGGUGGUUUACCUGCAGGUCAGCAUGAACGAGGGUCUGUCUUUCAUCACCAGCUCUGUUCACAUCACAACCACUGAGUGUUUUGACGGGACGAUUCUCCUGAUCACACUGCUGGUGUUGUUCCUCUUGUUGGCUCUGCUCUUCAUGUGGUGGUUUUGGCCGCUCUGCUGCACCGUAGUGAUUAAAGAGCCUCCACCUCCUCCUCCUCCAGAACCUGAGUCUGAUGAUGAAGACGGGAUGCCCAAGAAGAAAUGGCCCACGGUGGACGCUUCAUAUUACGGCGGUCGAGGGGUCGGAGGAAUUAAACGAAUGGAGGUUCGCUGGGGAGGCAAAGGCUCGACCGAGGAGGGAGCGAAGCUGGAGAAACCCAAAAACGCCGUCAUAAAGAUGCCAGAGCAGGAGUUUGAACCCUUUGAACCCAAGCCCAGAAAAUCAGACCACAGGAAGCCGACUCAGAACAGGAAGUGGUACUCGCCCAUCAGGGGUAAACUGGAUGCCAUAUUGGCUCUUUUCCGGCGUGGAUAUGAUCAGGUUUCACUCAUGAGGCCGCAGCCAGGAGAUCAUGGUCGUUGUAUCAACUUUACACGGGUGAAAGAAGAAGCGGCCAAAGCUCAGAGUCCUCCUCCACCUCCACCAGACUAUCAGCCGGUUGCCAGUCCCAUCACAACUCCUCCAAACAGCCCGCCUCCGAGAGGUCCACCGCUGCCCCAGCCUCCACCCGGCCCACCGCCCGCCCGCCUGCCACCCGGACCACCUGGACCCCCUCCAGCACGCGCGCCGCCCAGCCUUGACAGCAAACCCUGAGACACAUCCAGCCUCCAGCGCCAUCCAGAAAAAAAAAACAUGGUAUUUAUGGGUCAGGUUCCAUUAGAGAGUGGAGUGUAGUUUGUUGCUGGACAGCAAAAACAAAUGUACGAAAACAAAAAGAAAUGUUGUGACAAAAAAUUCAACUACUGAGUUUUCCAUUUCCAUAGUGCUCCCUUUUUUUCUUUUUAAAUCAAGGCUGGACAAAUUGUAGUAAUUAUUCCGAUUGCAUUCAUUUGCAAAUCUUCCAGAAUCAUGCAGAAAAAGGGUCCAAAAUGAGCAGCGCUAGAUGCUUCGAUAAUAUUGUAGAGCAUCUUUGAUUUCUUGUUUUAUUUUGAUCAGAAUCAUUGUGUUGAGUCAUAUAUUUACAGUUGCAGGUUUUCUCAGGUGAGUCUCUGACCCUGUAUGAAGUGUCUGAGUCAAUGUGACCAAAGAGGAAAGAAAGCAAGAAAUCACAGCAUGAUGUAGGAUGAAUGCAAGUGAUGAAUGUGUAAAGGCAUUUCUUUUACUGUAGAUUUGCAACUAACGUCUUAGUAUGUCACGAGUUCCUUCGUUUAGGUAAAUCCCAUGAGCAGGAUUUGUCUCAAAUCACUCGGUUGCUGAAUUUCGACAGAUUUUGGAAGGUGCUAAAAGUUGGAUUCAAGAAUGGCUUUGAAUUUACUUAUAGAUUUACAUCUUACAAACACAUGUGCUGGAUACUCUUCAUCCCAAAAUGAAAAGGGAAAAAGGUCACACUUUAAGGUCCUAUUAGUUCAGUGUUUCUCAACCACGUUCCUGGACGACCACCAGCUCUGUACGUUUGCCAUGUUUCCUUAACCAAACACACCUGAUUCAGAUCAUCAGCUCAUUAGCAGAGACUGAAAGACCUGUAAUGGGUGUAACAGACAAAGGAGACAUCCAAACAACAUAGGCUCAUUCUGAAAACGUAGCCCUAUAUACUUUUCUGGAGAGCGCGAAUUAUGUAGCCAGAAGUACGUAUGGCUGGAUUUUGUUUUUGAAACGAACGCUACGGGGCGGUAUGACGCCAUUCCUUUUCGUGCUAGCAGCUCUGUAUGGACGGCUUUAGCGCUGUUAGCAGUUUGUCCAGUGGCUUGCAGCGUAUGUUGGCAGACUUGAGAUGCAGAGACGAGCAGAGUUCGAGUCUGGUGAAGAACGGUUCCAAAAGCAGGUAACACAACAUGGGUGAGAAUGUGGUAAAAAUCAGGGGGCUUUUCUUUUUCUGGACUGCAUUUCAAAACAUUGGGUUUAGGGAAGUGGAGGGCGCUAGUCAAUCGGUGCUUUUUAAAACACUAUUAGUUGGGUUUAGUGAAAGGGGCGGGUGGGGGUAUUGAUUGGUCAGUCAGUUAGUCAGUCAGUCGUCAGCGGCCUCUGGUGGAUUUACGCUAGAAGAGCAGGCGCGAAUGGCACUCGUGAGAAAAAUCUGAGAUCUCAAAAAGCGUACACAGUGGCCUCUGGUUAAUUCGCGAAAACAAAAACUGCAAAAAACGUAUAUCCUGGUACGUAUUUGGCGCUCUCUAGAAAUGUAUAUAGGGGUACAUUUUCUAAAUGAGCCUGGGUUGUAUCCAAAACAUGCAGUUUUGGUGAACCUCCAGGUACAUGGUUGAGAAACACUGCAUUAGUUAAUGUUAGUGAAUGUAUUUACUGACAUGAACAAAAAAUGAACAAGCAUUUAUUAUUGCAUUGUUAAAAUGUAAGUGCUUGUCAUUAACUGAUCUUACCAAAGAUGAAUAAAUACAGUAAUAAAUGUAUUGUUCAUUUAUGUUAAUAAAUAAAUUAAUAGCAUUAACUAACAGAACCUUACUGUACUUUUACAAAAAAAAUAAAUAUAUUUUUGUAUAAAGACAAUGAACCCUGUUUUAAGGACCAUUUAGAUUGUUCAUUGUGGCUUUUUUCUAGUGACAAAUAAACAAACGUCUCAUUACUGUAAUGCAUCAAGUUUAUUAUUAUUAUUAUUAUUAUUAUUAUUAUUUUGUAAUUACCAUUAUUUUUAAUGGUGUUUUAUGUUAGAUUGUCAUCCUUGCAAUCUGAACGACUAAAUGAUUGGUAAUGAAAUGUAUUAACAGUGCAAGAUUAAUGCAGUGUUUUCAUUGAUAUUUAAUGUUAACACAUAACUGUAAUACACUAAAAAAGGCAUAUUACAGACCUGAUAAUCGAAUGAAACUGCAUACAUUAUCCCAGGCUAUUUCAAACUAUUUGGAUGGGGGAUGCUGUAUUGUCUAAGUAACGCAUUUUACACUAGUAUUACAUAUAAAUAAAGACUUGAUAUUGCAUAUUGCAUUACAGUAAUGAGAAUAACUUCAAUGUUCCUACAAAUAAGUUUUUUUCUUUAAAGGAGACCUGUUAUGUCCAUAUUUACAAGAAUAAAAUAAGUCUCUGAUGUCCCAAGAGUUUGAGUGUGAAGUUUCAGCUUAAAAUGCUCACAGAUAAGGCUUUAUAACUGUCUGAAACUGCCCCUUUUAGGCUUUGAUCCUAAUUGUGGCGUUUUGGUGACUGUCGCUUUAAAUUCAAAUGAGAUUGUGCGCUUUUCAGAAGAGGGCGGAGCUACAAACACCUGUGUGUCAGCUUAGUGGCAGAUUCACAAGAGUAGCAUCCUAUGCUAAUGAGGGAGAGAUGGUCACUAGUGGGCGGGGCUUUCCCCUCUGAUGACACGUACAAAGGGAGAAUGCCAAUCAAAGUGUUUCUGCAGACUGUUUCUAUCAAGUCUGAUUAUAAAAAGGAGAAUUAACUCAAUUUUACCAUUAGAGGUUGAUUAUAUUCACACACAACUGUGUUUAAACCCCUUAUAAAAGUGAUUUUGGCAUAAUAGGUCCCCUUUAAGUUAUCUUUAUUGUUUUCUGUCUUAUGAUCCAGGAAUGUACUAGCAGGUUUAAGGGGAUCAAGGUUGUUUAUUGUAAAGGUUGAACCUCUAAAUACAAAGUCCGGUCAGUUCUCUGUAUUCCGCAACUAUACUGUACGUAUGUUGAUAUUCAUCUUGUUUCCUUAGCAUUUCAACAUCAAACAUAAACAUAUUGCAACUGCAGGGCAGUUCACAGCAUUUAAUUUAUUAUCCCCAUGCCUGAAGGAAGGUACUUGAAUAUGACAAGGUGUCAAACCAGGACACUGUGCAUGAAACCAAAAACAUUAAAAUGAAAAAAAAUAAUAAUCACUUAGCCUCAGAUAACAGCCAGUGCCUUCUGUGUGUUUGUUUUGUUUAUGUUUAAACCUUCCUUCCUUUUAUACGUCAUUCAAAUAUGAUACGGUAGCACUGUAUUUCAUAAAAGAUGCAUGAUUUUUCCCAAUCUGGUUUCCUCAAAGAGAACAAGUGCUCAGCUGUGAACAAGCAAAAACUCCACGGUUUAUUCAGACGAGAUAUAACGCAAGCUAUUUUACAGUACGAUGCUAUUUAGUUUGUUUUAUUCGCUUGUGCCGACCAUUUGAAACAUUGUGACCUGUACUAUUCCACACCAAAACGUUGAUACCAGAGUUAUAAAUCACAAUUGUAUUGUGUUAUGAUGUAGUGCGUGUAUUAACAACGAUACUGAUGCAUCUAUUGAAAGGCUCGUAAAGUUGAAUACUUUUUUUCACAGUAUUAAUAAAGGCCGAUUUCAAGCUU